AUGGGCAUAACAUGGGCACAUUAUACUCGGGUCACUCUUAGGAGCAGUCACACCAAACAGUACACAGUAACAUGGGCACACUAUACUCGGGUCACUCUUAGGAGCAGUCACACCAAACAGUACACAGUAACAUGGGCACACUAUACUCAGGUCACUCUUAGGAGCAGUCACACCAAACAAUACACAGUAACAUGGGCACAUUAUACUCGGGUCACUCUUAGGAGCAGUCACACCAAACAAUACACAGUAACAUGGGCACACUAUACUCAGGUCACUCUUAGGAGCAGUCACACCAAACAAUACACAGUAACAUGGGCACAUUAUACUCGGGUCACUCUUAGGAGCAGUCACACCAAACAAUACACAGUAACAUGGGCACACUAUACUCAGGUCACUCAUAGGAGCAGUCACACCAAACAAUACACAGUAACAUGGGCACAUUAUACUCGGGUCACUCUUAGGAGCAGUCACACCAAACAAUACACAGUAACAUGGGCACAUUAUACUCAGGUCACUCUUAGAAGCAGUCACACCAAACAAUACACAGUAACAUGGGCACACUAUACUCAGGUCACUCUUAGGAGCAGUCACACCAAACAAUACACAGUAACAUGGGCACACUAUACUCAGGUCACUCUUAGAAGCAGUCACACCAAACAAUACACAGUAACAUGGGCACACUAUACUCAGGUCACUCUUAGGAGCAGUCACACCAAACAAUACACAGUAACAUGGGCACAUUAUACUCAGGUCACUCUUAGAAGCAGUCACACCAAACAAUACACAGUAACAUGGGCACACUAUACUCAGGUCACUCUUAGAAGCAGUCACACCAAACAAUACACAGUAACAUGGGCACAUUAUACUCAGGUCACUCUUAGGAGCAUCACACCAAACAAUACAAUACUUAGGUCACUCUUAGAAGCAGUCACACCAAACAAUACACAGUAACAUGGGCACAUUAUACUCAGGUCACUCUUAGGAGCAGUCACACCAAACAGUACACAGUAACAUGGGCACACUAUACUCAGGUCACUCUUAGAAGCAGUCAUACCAAACAAUACACAGUAACAUGGGCACACUAUACUCAGGUCACUCUUAGGAGCAGUCACACAAAACAAUACACACAUUGCACACUAUGGUCACUCUAGGACAUAGCAUUAUUAUAAGACAAAAGGUGUUAAAUCCCUAUUCCUUAAAAUAUGUGCAUUGAAAAUGUCAGAAUUGAACAGCCAGUUUCUGUAAAAUCACAAUAAUAGGUAGUUUUAGAAUCUCACCAGCAGGUACGAGAUUACAUCAUUCAAAGGCUUUCGCAUGCACCAUGUCCUCACCCUUGCUGAAUAUCAGAAUUGAGAACCUUGCCACCUUCAUUCUGCCAUUCUCCUAAAUCGUAGUCGAUGUGCAUGUGAGUGACGUCAUAUCGGUCUAUUUCUGAUUCGUCUAAUGCCAAUCCGUACAAUUGCCAAAUCGUCACAUUCAUUUCGUCUACCAUCAGUUCGUCUACUAUCCACAUGGUCUAAUUACCGAUUCAUCCACUCACCAUAUCAUCUAAUAACCACUUGGUCCAAUAGCCAUUUAGUCCAUAUACCACUUGGUCUAAUUGGACUGAGUGUUCAUUGUGCAAAAUGAGUGAAAAAUAAAAUAAAGUGGAUCUAUUUUUAAUAGACCAACUGGUUAAGAGACGAAAUGGUCAUAAA